AUGAGCAUCGUGUUCGGAGGACGUGAGGCCUCCCCGGCCCACUUCAAAUCGGGAGUGGUUGAAGAUAGUGCUUUAGAUCUUUUUACAGUACCACCUACCAACAUCACUUACAAUGGAUACCGCAUCGUGGAAAUCAAUCCGACCAGUGAAAGUAUUACCCCUAUAGAAUUCGUGAUACCAGGCAGCCGCGAAUAUAUCGAUUUUAGUCGAGGUUAUUUUCGUAUGGAUUUGAUUCUGAAAAAAACCGACGGAGGAAAUCUGGCUGCUGCAUCGCAACGAUGGUUGGCUCCAAACGCAUUUCACGCCAUCAUCAAACAACCUUCCAUCUACGUGAAUGGGACUCUGACCACCGAACAAACAGACACCUACGCUUAUAAAGCAUAUCUGGAAACCAUACUCAAUUAUGGAACAGAAGAUGAGGAAACGAUUCUCAGACCUCAAGGAAUGCUUAUACCAGGAGUCGAUCUCAAAAUGAGUUUUACACUCAACGAUCCUAAAUUCUUCAUGAACGGACUGGCUGCAGUGGCCACCAAAGUCAGGUUACAAGCCGCUAGACUGCAGAAAAAUCUGGAUGUGUAUUACCCCACCGUCAGAUCAGAAAUCAGGACCUACACCUUGCAAAACAAUCACACUAACUUUGAAGCUACAGACGUGUUCAAUGGAAGAGUCCCGGACCGCGUGGUGGUGGGAUUAGUCUAUCAAGAUGCUUUCUCAGGCAAUUACGCAUACAAUCCUUUCAAUUUCCCAAAAUUCGAUGUCAGUAGUAUCAAACAGAUUGUGGAAGGGGAAGAGUACCCGUAUCAACCUUUGCAACUUAUUGCAGACAACGGUCAAUAUGACAUGUCAGGGUAUCACAGACUUAUCAGUGCCAAGUGUUCAGCCUACCGAGGAAAAUGUAUGUCAAACCAGAACAUUGGGGAGACGAUCAACAUACCACAUUAUACAUGUGGGAUAAUGUCGCCUCUGGAUGUGCAGACAGUGUACAAUUGA